GGGGAGAGAGUCCGCCUCUGUGGAACCGCGGUGCGUGCGCCCGCCUCCGCCUCGGGUCCCCGCGGGGGCCAGCCCCGCCCCCACAGGACCCCGCGGAAGCUCCCUGUGACCCGGCAGAGCCAGCCCCGCCCCCACAGGACCCCGCAAGGCCAGCCCCGCCCCCACAGGACCCCGCGGAAGCUCCCUGUGACCGGGCAGAGCCAGCCCCGCCCCCACAGGACCCCGCAGAGCCAGCCCCGCCCCCACAGGACCCCGCGGAAGCUCCCUGUGACCCGACGGAACCAGCCCCGCCCCCACAGGACCCCGAAAGGCCAGCCCCGCCCCCACAGGACCCGCAGCGCCAGCCCCGCCCCCACAGGACCCGAAAGGCUAGCCCCGCCCCCAUAGGACCCGCAGAGCCAGCCCCGCCCCCACAGGACCCCGCAGAGCCUCUCUGUGACCCCGCAGGACCCCGCCCUCCCUCUCUGUGACCCCCAGAGCCUCUGUGACCCCCGCAGAACCCUACCGAACCACUCUGUAUUCCCCUCCCUUCAAGCACCCCGCGGAGCCCGCCUGUUUCCCGUGUCCCAGUCCCUAGGAACCCUAAGUGCCGGCCCCUCCCCUGUUCUGCUUUUACCCACUGUGCCGAUUCCUCCCCUCUCCAUCGUGCGUCUUCUUCCCUCCCCACCGUGGGUCCUGACCUCCACUGUCCCUCCCUCUCAGCGCAGACCCCCAGACGGUGGGGACUGAGGCCUGCCUUGGGUGUGGUGUGAACGUGGAGCCAGGGUCACAGGAGCGAGGUUGGCCCGGGUGGGUGCUAGGAGCCAGGGCUGUAGACAGGAGACUGCGCGAGUCUUCCCACUGGGAUGCUGAUGUGGAGGGCAGUGGCCACAGGAGUAGUGAGGAGCACAGGGCCAGCCAUUGGGCAACAGUCUGGUCAGUGGCUGGAAGGUGGCCCUAGCACAGCCUAAUUUUGCCGCCAUCUGACAGAGGGGCCCUGGGAGCCUGGGGGAUCCUGCCCCACCCUAUCCAGCUCCUUCCUCUAGAGCCUCAGAGGUGAAGACCCACAACCUGCUGAGGGUCAAGAUGGACAGCAGGCAGCUGUGGGCACAGCACUUGCAGCUCACCCAAGAGCACAGGCAGCCCUCUCCCCCAGGGGUCCUGUCUGUGGCCAGGGGCCAGCCAGGUUCCCAGAGCAGUGACCAGCAGGGACUGCAAACACAGGACUGGGUGCAGGAGGCAGCAGAAGCAGGACACCUCCCUCUGCACACAUGCCACCUACUGCCUUUCCUCCCUGGAGUGGUGAGAGACCAGCCUGGCAACACUGGACAUGUGAAGGCAGCCCUGCUCGGAAACCGCUUCCUGGUGUGCGAGCCGCAGGAACCCAAGUGCCCGAGCCGCCACUGGAGCAUCAGCAUCGACGAGCGCCGGCAGCUGGCAGUGCUGGGCGCCCAGGAGAGGCAGGACGUCGCAGGCGCCCCCUCCCAAGGCAGGGACAUUACACAGAUGGUGGCGGAGCUGGUGUCCAAGGACGUGGUCAAGGACGUGCUCCUCAUGCAGCCGCUCAGGUCUGGGGGGUCCACUGAGGCCUUCCACGAUGUCCCGGCUCGGAGCACACCUUUCUGGCAGACUGCAACUUUGAAGAGCCGGGCCUCGCAAACACCCCGCUCCUAGGAGCCCUCUCAGUCCUCAGUUUUCCAGAGCUUUUCCUUGGGGAAGGCCUUGGGGGAGACCUUCGUGCCCUCCUUGUGCCCAUGCACUGAGGAGAAAACAGGCCUAGAAAGCACUGCUGGCCUGAUGCCUGGGGCCUGCCUGGGGAGGGCUGCUGCCCUGCCUGCCCUGACCUGGAGGGAGAGGGGUGGAGGGGGCCUUCCCUGGAAAACCCCAGCCUGCCUCUAGUCUGCCAGAAGAAAGAAGCACUGGGGCACCUGGGCUGCUGGGGCUGAGCAGCACUGUGGGUGCCUAGGGGCAGGGGUGUCCAUGUUAUGCCUUGGGUCCUGCCCCUAAAGCCUGGGUGGGCACGGGACCCAGCAGUGAUGCUGUGGUGCAGGCAACUGGGGCAGAGGCACACAUGAGGUGCUGGACACAGGCUUUCUGAUUAAGGAGGUGCUUCCCAGGUCUGGAUGUGAACUUGGAGUUGGACGAGGGCUGAGAGGGCAGUGUGCAUAGAGGGUCCAGGGUAGCCCUGAGAAGCUGGCUGGACAGGUGGCCCUCAGGCCCUAGGCCUGCAACCCUAACUGCCUUGUCUCAAGGCUAGGGGCCCGCAGAAGGGUUCUGAGUUGGGGGUGACAAUACAGGCUGUGUUUUGAGGAGAUGGAGCUGGAGGGGACAGGGGUGAGAGAGAAAGGAGGGAGGGUUCCCAGCCCUGCUGGCUGGCAGUAUGCAGAGUGAGCAGGUGGCCCUGGACUCAGUGACCUACUUACCGGCUGCUUGGGUUUUUGCAUGGGCAGGGCUGGUGAGGGGCUUUGGGUUGAGAGGAGGUGACAGCCACUUGGACCUUGUACACACUGGCAAACUGGCAGUGCUGUCCCAGAGCCCAAGGUGAGACACAGAUGUAGCCAUAAGGCGACUGCUGCCCCUGAACACCUCUCCUCUUCUCUGCCUCCCUCACUGUAAGGUGCAGUGGAAGUCCUCUUCUUUCAGGGGAGCUGGGCACAGCCCUCCCAGUUCAGUGUGAUUUUUGUCCUCUUUGUUCAUCAUGACCAGAGUGGGGGAGGGCCGGCCAUGAAGCCACAGGGACUGGCGGAGGCGAUCUAAGAGGUGGGACCAUCAUGAUCCCUCCCCUUCCUAAGGCCCCUGACAAAGAUGUGGGAGGUGCUCUGGGCCAGGCCUUGUGCUGGGCAGGAAACAGGAGGGUCUGUCACAGUGCAGAGUGGGAGCUAAGGUGUCAACGGUCACCAUGGAGGUUGCGUGCUGUGUAGUUCUGAGUGAAUUUAAGACUGUGUUGUUUUCACUCGCGGCUGGAGCGGCCUGGGCUCAUGCUACCAAUUCCAAUCUCACCUGGGAGUCCCGUGAUGCUCAGAGCUCCCACAGGGCUCCUUCCCAUCACAGCAGCACAAGCAAAGCCUUGGGGUCUUGGGGCUGAACUGACCCAUCCCCUAGUGGUGGACAUGGCCACACAGCCAGCCCUGCUUAGUGGACAUGAGAUCUGUCUCUCAGUGGGGAUCAGCAGUGAGUGCAUGGCCCUGCAGGGCCUGGACAUGUCACCACAGUCGGGGGAGGGGGCCACCUGUAGUUUCUUACCUUUGCUGUAACAAUUGCUACAAGAUUAACGUUGUGAAACAGUGCACUCUCUCCUGCCUGUGAAGUCUCGCUGGGGGGUCCAGGUGUGGGCAAGGCCGUGCUCCUCUGGAGGCACUGGGGGACCAAGUCCUGCAUUCUCAGCUUCUAGAGGCUGCCUGCUGCAGCUGCUCUGCCUCUGCCCUGCCUCCCUCGCCCCUGGUGAAGGACUCCACUGGGUCCAGAUGACCCAGGAUGAUCCCUGUUUUGAGGUCAAACCUUCGCCCUAUCUGGAAAUUAAGACAUGGACUUUUUUAUAACACAUGCCUGUAACCCCAGCAACUGGGGAGGCUGAGGCAGAAGAUCUCAAGUUCCAGACCAGCCUCGGCAACUUAGGCACUAAGAACUGUCUCAUAAAGUGAAAAGGACUGGGGGGCUGGGAUUGUGGCUCUGUGUUACAUGCUCGCCAGUAUGUCUGAAGCACUGGGUUCAAUCCUUAGCACCACAUGCAAAUACAUAAAUAGAAUAAAGGUGUCCAUCUACAGCUAAAAACAUUUUAAAUAGGGCUGGGGAUGAGGC